AACAAGCUUGUUAUCCACCACCUCGCCUCUCACUCACUCAAUCACUCUGAUGCUGCCCAAAACAAAUGUCAACGGCACAAUCCUUCAUGUCUCCCUUCUGCACCAAUUCUAUCUCUUAAAAGCAAGAGCCGCCAUAACACUCACUGCUCGAACGAUCGUUGUGAAUUGUUGACGACUUAUUACGGAUCCACCUUAUCGAACACAUUUUGCGACGACUUCGAACACCACAAUGCUCUGUGGUUGUGUUUGUUGUUACGGUGUCCUCACGUGUUUCUUCUGUCUCCCAACAAGCAUGACUCAAACACUCAAUCUCCCCUUUCGGAGGAGAGAUCAUACCAUUCCUGCUAAUGCCCACCUUGCAGUGGCUUGAUCGUUCAUAACUACUUUCUAAACUAAUCUUGCAAAUUAGAUGGCAGCUGAUCAUUUACAAUAUCUAAAGGACAAAUUCAUCAACGACUUCCAUGAAGCAAUGGAUGAAUUCAGUGUCGAACUUCCCCUCCGAAUUCAUUUCAUGGAGGUCAUAAAGGUCUUGUUAAGGAAGACCAUCGUGCCCUCCACGCCUAUUGUAAUGAAGAAUUGGCUAUUGGACCUCAAGUACUUGUUGGCAGAGUGCAUCAUCUCAGCAGAGAAGGAACGGGAGCGAAAAUUGCUGAACAAGAAAAAUCAGUACUUCAUCAUCCAUACUAUGAAGAAGAUUUGGUUUCUUCAUAAAAUUAGGACGAAGCUGCUUCAAAUCAAAUCAAAGCUGCAAAAUUUGAGAAAUAACGGUUCAGCAGCUGAGGGUUCUUCACUAUCAGACACUACCAGAAUUUAUAUACCGGAGUAUCUUCCACAUCCCAAUUCAUCCGAAAUUCAUGGGUUCAAUGACCACUUGCACAAGAUUGAAACAUUGCUCCUCGAAACACCUGAUGAUGUUGAUGCUAUCAAGACAAUUCCAGAUGUUGAUGCCAUCAAGGCAAUUGGAAUUGUCGGAAUGUGUGGUGUAGGUAAAACUGCACUUGCAGAAUCGAUUGUCUCUAGCUCUUUAGUCCAAGAGAAGUUCUUUCCAAUAAUUUGGGUGAGAUUAUCUAGAACGAUCAAUCUACCAGAAAUUGUCAAGGAUUUGUUGAUAUUGUUGGGUGUUUCGUAUCAAUUUGUGAACAAUAAUACUCUUCCUUUGCAACUGAAGGAAUUGCAUGAUCAACUAUGUAGCCACAAGUAUCUGAUUGUGCUGGAUAAUGUAUGGCAUAUAAAUCAUGACUUAAGUUCCAAUCUAAAUAUGGAUGACACUGAAUGCUUCAGCCAUCUUUUCCGCAGCUUGCCAAAGGGAGGUGAUGGUGCCAUCAUUGUCACCAGUAGGAUGGAAGAAGUAGCAAUAAGCAUGGUGGGUGAGCAAAACUUACUCAAACUCCAACCUACAUUCAAUGCAGAGGCAGUCUGGUCCAUAUUUAUGGAUUCAGUUCAAAGAAAGAGAGUUUUAGAUUCAUAUCAUCACCAAAGGUUGUUAGGAAUGAAGGAUGAAAUUAUUUACAGAUGUGAUGGCCUUCCUUUAGCAGCAAGGGUACUGGCAGAGAUUAUUUCUACUCAAAUUGGCAAGGAAGAGUAUUGGUCAGAUUCAAAUGUAGAAAAGGAGUUUUGCUUGAGGCUCGAUCGACCAGAUGUUGAAACUUACGAACUUGCCUUGUUCAAAGUCAGGAGUUUUCCAGGAGUUCACAAUGCCUUUUCUCGACCGGGCCACCAAAUAGCAGUUAUAGGAAGGUGCAAUCCUGUAGAAAUAGCCAAGGAAUUGGAAAUUUUUUUGUUCAAGGAGAUAGAGCUUAUCUCAGUAGACCUAUCUUAUAUUGAACGGCGGGAAGUGGAUCAAAAAACAGUAGACAGUAUAAUAAGAAUCCAGAGAAUCGUAAGGAAGAAAUUAUACAAUUCUUAAGGCUUUAUGGGCACAUAAUCUUUUUUAUACUCAAAAUGUAGAGGAGAAUCAGAACUAUUAUGUUUCCAUUAUCUUUUAAUCAAGUUACAAGUAAUUGUUGUUCA